GUGCUGCCAAUCAGUGCCACCUAUCAGUGCCAGUCAGUGCCGCAUAUCAGUGCCCGUCAGUGCCGCCUAUCAGUGUGCAUCAGUGCCACCUAUCAGUGCCCGUCAGUGCUGCCUAACAGUGCCAGUCAGUGCCGCCUAACAGUGCCAGUCAGUGCCACCUAACAGUGCCAUGCCCAUCAGUGCCUCCUACCGGUGCCUCCUCAUCAGUGCCCAUCAAUGCCACCUAUCAGUGUCCAUCAGUGCAGCCUCAUUAGCGCACAUCAGUGAAGGAGUAAAAACACUUAUUUACAAAAUUUUAUAA